UAGCCUACGCCUGGCUUUAUGGUCAUAUUUUUAUCCAGUGAAUUUAUGCGGUAGUAGCUAUUUUUCACAGAAUAUUUUUGAUGAUUCCCCAAUACUUGUGCUGGCUGAAGUGGUCAGCAGGGAGGAUUUUUGUCGAUUCUUGUUUUUUUUUUCUUUGCAAGAACUGCGUGCACGAGGGAGCGCUGACCUGUUUUUACAGUAACAUCACAUAUGUGUGCGUAGGCGGCCGUACAUCAGCAUCCAGGUGACGGGUGAGGAGACGAGAAUAGACCUUACUCGGGAGAACCAGCUGCCGGCUUUGCUAGCCUGACCGCCUUGGGGGGAGGGGGGAGUCAGCUUAUCCCCUCUCUCCAUUUGAUCUCCUGCUGACGACCACUUUUCUGUACCUGUGGCUGCGGAUUCUCACCUGCGCAGACUGGCUGCGUGUCCCCUAUCCGCGGACGCCCGGGAUGCGUGUGCGCUGUGUGGUCACCGGCAUCGUGUGGCUCCGUGCCUGUUAAUGUUCUGUCACAGUGCAAUGGCACAGAGGUCCCCGCUGAUGUGACGGAAUGCUUCCUGACAUUAAUGAGAAGUCUGCAAGACCUGAUGCCUUCCCCGAGAAUCACAGGAUCCAGGGUGACGCCGUCCACCAGGGAUCCACCCGGAUCUCCCAUCAGAAGAAGCAAGGCACCGGAGUGGGCACCCUGCCCCAGCUGGAGGUGCCCGUCAAGCAGGUGGCGCUGAGCCAUGCCAAGACCCAGCACCAGUGUGACAACAUCCUGCCUCACAUCGCGAACAAGAGCGGCCACCAGACACGGCAGGAGGAGAGACAGAAAGUGCUGCGUCUUCCUGCCAGGUUCAGCUCCUCAGUGGAGAACCUCAGUGAACCUUUAAGCCCCAAGAGUGUUGGCAAGAAGCCAGAGAAGGAGAGAUACUUUGAGGGCCUCAGGCUGCCAAUGUCUCCCACAGAAGCACUGAAACACUUCCGAGACCGGCUGACAGAGUUUGAGCAAGAGGAGAUCCUGGACUACUCUGAAAUUUGGUUCCUUGGCCUGGAGACAGAGAAGAUUGAGGCCAAUCACAGCAUAUCUCCAAACUAUGGUUAUGAUGACGAGAAUGGAAGCUACAUCAAGGCAAGUCACGACCAAAUCGGGUACCGCUUCGAGGUCCUCGACGUGAUCGGAAAGGGGUCCUUCGGACAAGUUCUGAAAUGUCUGGACCAUAAGACCAACGAGCUGGUGGCCAUCAAAAUGAUUCGCAACAAAAGGAGGUUCCACCACCAGGCUCUUGUUGAACUGAAGAUCCUGGAUGUAGUGCGGAGGAAAGACAAGGACAACAGCCACAAUGUCAUCCACAUGAAGGAGUAUUUCUACUUCCGGAACCAUCUCUGUAUUUCCUUUGAGCUCUUGGGAUCAAACCUGUAUGAGCUGAUCAAGAAGCACGACUUCCAAGGCUUCAGCCUGAUGCUGGUGCGGCGCUUCGCUCACUCCCUGCUCAAGUGCCUGCAGAUGCUGCACAGGGAGAAGAUCAUCCACUGCGACCUGAAGCCGGAGAACAUCCUCUUGUCACCGAAAGGACACAGGGACAUCAAAGUGGUCGACUUUGGUUCCAGCUGCUAUGAGCAUCAGAGGAUGUACACUUACAUCCAGAGCCGCUUCUACCGCUCCCCGGAGGUGAUCCUGGGCCACGCCUACGGCCUGCCCAUCGACAUGUGGAGCCUGGGCUGCAUCCUGGUGGAGCUCUACACCGGGUCGCCGCUCUUCCCCGGGGAGAGCGAGGUGGAGCAGCUGGCCUGCAUCAUGGAGGUAAUGGGAAUCCCGCCCAGCGAUUUCCUCCAGACAGCACCCAGAAGGAAGUUAUUUUUUGAUUCUAAGGGAAAUCCCAGAAACAUCACCAACAGCAAAGGGAGGAAACGAAGACCUGGCUCCAAAGAUCUGGCUGGCGUCCUGAAGACCAACGAUGCUCAGUUACUGGACUUCCUUAGACGAUGCCUGAUGUGGGACCCUACCAAGCGCAUGACACCGGAUGAGGCCAUGCGCCACGAUUGGAUUCAGGAGGCCCGGACCCAGAAGAACCGCAGCAAGACCCACUUUUAUAGGAAUCCCUUGGAGUCUCUGAGUGGUCCAGACAACAGCAAUGAGCAUGCACACUGCAAAGCAGCCAACAGCAAGAAAGCUGAGAAGGUCACAGCCAGUGGACUCGAGAAGAACAGGAAAGGGAAUUCUGGGAAAGGAGGCAAGACUGUAGCAACAGAACGUCUGAGGCCCGUCGGGGCGUCAGCGGAGGAGAAAACAUGCGACCUUGGCCCCGGUGAAAGCGGGGAAACAAGUGACAAGACACUGACAGGGGGAGAGAGGCCCAUCCACAUUAUCAUCAAGCCUCAGAAGGAAUCGGCCGCGGAGCCCGGAAGCCAGGAGCAAUUGCAACACCUGCCUCAGAUCUUAUAACCAUUAGAGACAGAGACAGACUGGGGACAGAGAGGCUGCUGUAUUUCUGGUGGACGGUGGGGAGAGGUAACAAAAGGUUUCUGGGGCAGGGGGUAAUAAUAUGUAACCCAAUCUGCUGCCAUUGGUUCAUUUUUGCUUAAGGAGGCGUGUGUAAGUCAUACAUAUGCCUUUCUAACUCCAGCACGUGCACGGUAGCUCUAUAGAAUAGCGCCCUCUAAUGGCAGAGAAUGAAAAUGACAAAAUUCACUUCUGAUUGACAAUGCUGCAAGCCAAUUUAAGGGACUUAAGGGAAAACACAAUUCUCAAAAUCGACCCAUUACAAUUUAUACCAUUUCACCUCAAUAUCUGGAUUAAAAGAUACAAACAGUUUUACAGGAAUAUCGGUGAUGCUACAUUGAUAGUCAUCUCCAAGUCUGCAGGUACUAGAUAGUAAUAUGGUCAUUAUUUGCAGUUCACUUGCCUAAUAUCGCUAACAUCAUAAUUUAUCUGUAGUUAAUAAAGUUAGGAAUGUAUACAUUAUAAUUUCAAAUUAGAAUUAUAACGUCGACUUUGGGAAAUAUGUUACAAUGACAUGCCAUAUUUCGAAUAAUGAUGCGUUUAUAUAGCCUACCUCCUCUGACUAAAACUGACUAAGAGCGGGGCUGUUUUUUCCUGCCACAGUACCAGUCUUUAAUUUGUGCCUUUUGAUAGCCCAUAUUGCCAGAGACAUAAGUGAUGAGCUUUGUUUUGUUAUUAAAUGCCAUUAUCGGGGCAUGUGUUCUUAAACAGGUCUGUUUAAUACUCACCUGUGCCAAAUUAAGCCUAGACAUAACGAAUUACCCUUGGAACAUUUUUUCUCUUUUAAUAAUCAACUGAGUAGAAAGUCAAUCUGUUCAUUCUAUCAAAAAAUGCUUGUUGUUUUCCAAUAUAGAAGCCGGGCUUGUAGUUUGAUGUGAAUGUUGUUACAAUGGUAACAUUUAAGAUAUGCUCUGUGUAUAUAUGUAUAUAUAUAUAUAUAAAUUUUUAUGCUAUAAUAUUAUAUAGGUUCAAGGUCCUUAAUGUACAUUUUUUUACAAAGCAAAACAAUUUAUAUGAAUUCAAAAAUUUACACCACUGAUGACACACCACCAUCGUGUCUUUAUUUUGUGGUGUUUAUUUAGUGUAACGUACACAAACGCUGUUAUGCUUAUAAAGUACAUGUGAAGAUUAGGCAAGGUUUUACUUGUUAAUACAUGAUGUUGAAUUCAAUGAGAUGUUUUGAUGAGUCUAUGUUUUUUAAUAGUAUGUUUUUUUUUGCUGUAAAAUGAAUGUUUGUUUUUAAAAUACAUUUCUGUUUUUAAAUACACGUGUUUUUAAAAGGAAUUCUUUUGAGUGGCUGGUGCCUUGCAGUAUUAGAACCUUUGCACUUUGAGAUUAUACAAUAUAUUCUGCGACCUUGAAGUUUGUAAACUGAAGGGUGAUGGCGUUCCUUUGACCAGCUGGCAACUAGGCUGCUCAGAACAUUCUGGAAAUAAAACUGAUGUGUUAUUACUGCUAGUUGGGAAGCACGUUUAUCUAAAAUGGCUUCUGAUUCAUACUGUAACACUUCUGCACAUUAUUGUUUAUUUGCUUAUUUGUUUGUUGAGUUACAACAGCAGGUGGCGCUAUCAGGUUUGAACUGACAGUCUAGUGCCAGUCCAUUGUAGUUAUGCUGCUUGAGGUCUUGCAUGGAUAAUUUAGAUCUUUAAGCCUUUUCUCGAUUUCAGACAUCUGUCAUAUUUGCUUGUUUUACCAUCGUAAUUCCCAAAAAGAAUUGGUAUCACAGGCAGUAGGAGCACACAGCUCCAAGUGGGGAAAUAUGAAAAUAUGAAAGAUAAAACCCUGUGAAAUUGAAACAUUAAAAAAUACAGAGCUUUACAAUUAAUGUGAAAUUUUGUAAAUAUUAGUUUGAUAAAAUCAAAGAUGAUCUAAAGCAAAUACAGCCUCACCAAAAGAGAUCUUGUCUUACAUGAUGAGAAAUGAUGACAACAUGGCCCUUCUAUGCCUUUUCAUUUAUACUGUACAAUAAACUGUUUUGUCCUA